AUGCUGCAACAUGCAGCGCAGUCCUUCCGCUGGCUGCAGGACCAACAGAGUGCUAUAGUACCAUCCGAGCUGGGCGUUUUCGAAUUCCUCGUGCUGUGCUUUGAGCAGGUUGCUGUAGCUGGUGCCGUGGUCAACUGCUUUCAAGCUGAAGACUUCGACGGUGGAGACGCGCCGCUCUCACUGCCGGUGGUGAUGGAUCACGUGCCGCAAGUCCUCAUGGUCAUUAUCGUGAUGAGUCUUUUCAUUGUUUGGGGCUCGAGGAUCAUUCAGUGGGGUCUACGCAGUGCUUUGCUCGAUUGUUCGUGCCCCAUGAAAUUCACUACCAGGCGACGAUACCUGCCGCCGGUCAUUGCGUUGCUCAAGUUCUUUUUCUUGGUGUACGUGACUCUGCGUCUCGCCAACUCCGUCGGUUUGGAGUGGAAACAGCAGACGAGUGCACUGUGCAGUGCUCUCAUUCUCGUCAUGUGCGAACUGGUAGACUCCAUUGCCAUUGUGCACACGUGGUUGGUGAGUCGAGCACGCGACGAGAUUAUUUACGACUGGAGCGAGGAGCAAGCGCAUGGGAAGGUGACUGCCAAACAGUUGAUCCUCACGUUUUUCGACCGGUGGAAAGACUGCGGCAUGGUGUCCUCCUUCCUGAACCAGAGCGAGAUGCUACUGUUACUUUCCGAGGUGCCGUCCAUGGCUUGGGCUAGCUGGACGUGCUGUCAAAGAGGCUCAACUCCUGAGCGUCUCUCCUACCAGCUGCAUCGAUACGUGACGGUCAUGACGAUUGUCAUGGGCAUGAACGUAGUCGAGGUAUCUCCGACCUUGGACAACGACAUUGUUGGCGCCGUUGUCUUCUUGGUAGCUGAUAUCGUACUCACUGGGUUGCGGUUGUAUGAAGGUCGUCAUCGACGUCGUGAACGGAGACGUGUAGCGAGGGCUCAACGACUAACCAUGACGCCCACCAAUGCUGGCCGAAAUACUCAGACAAGUGGUUUUUUUCCAAGUCCCAGUGAAGCUAGCACUUGCAAUGACGAUCGUUCUCGAGACGUUAACUCUCCAACUCCAGGAAUGUGUCGAGAAGUACCCACCAAUCUACACCACAUGCCCCCAGAGCGAUCCGACAGCGUGCUCAAGCAAUGUCUGGAAUUCAAACGACUUGGCGUUUGGAAGGCAACCGUUUUAGAUGGCGUUCUACCGAAAGACUGGGCGUUUGCCUUCCUUGAUUGCGCUUACUCAGUGCUGGUCGUACUCAAUUUCUACGAGACUACCGACGCAGCUGAUGUACAAGUUAUGGAAGGAGUACUGAACGGGAUCAGUGAGGACAAACUCAUGCAUGAAGUGGACGCUAGUAUGGUGUAUCUUGCAGUUGGUUUCUCCACAGUGCUGGGGAUCUCGCUACUGGCUCGAUGGUUUGUGUUGUACUCGUCAAAACGCUUAAGCGAGACUGCAUGGCCAGCGCCGCACGACAACGCUGUCAUCCCGAACUACUUUGCAAUUGGUGUUGUGGUCGUGAAGCUGGCACUGUUACCCGUCUCUAUCUACGUCUUCGCCGUUGUCUUCGUGCAGGACAACUUGUUCACUCCUAAACGAGGCGUCAACGCACUCGUAGCAGAUCUUAUCUGCGCCAUCGCCGCAGCACGAGCAGUGGACAGCUUGGGACGAGCAUUACAGGGGCUUGGGCGGUCUGCGGUUGGGCUGCCUGGAGCUGACGCUGUGAAAGGUUCCAGGUACGAGAAGGCAAGCAUCGCGUUGCAAGUGUUUUGGGACCGAUUGAACGACUUCCUUGUCCCGUUAGGCAUGGUUCACAUGGUCAUAUCUACCACAAACGUGGGCGAAAAUUUCAUCGUCGUCUACUUCCUCCUCGUGGUCUGCGUCCUGCACGCCAUGAUCGCCUAUGUGGACGCUGUAGAUAUCACCAGCCUCACGUACCUGGCAGAACGACUCGGUUAUCUUGUAGCAGUCACAUUUCUCGUUCGUAACUCGUCCAAGUAUACCGAACGGGAAGGGAUGGAUCUGUUCGCGCCCGUGCUACUGGUCGCCAUGGAGUUUUUGCUCUUGGUUGUGGCACUCACUUCACUCUGGAAGGCACGUCGGCAAACGCGUCGAGCUUGUCGAGAGAUGGAGAAAGAAGACGUUAAUGCACCGAUAGGGCGAGCCAUGACCCGAAGCAUGCCCAUGCUGGCAUCCAUGAGUAGCGAAUUUUCUGUUCUCAGCCCUGGAGCUAGCGCAAUUGACGCUGCCGUCUACAACGAACACAAGGAGCAAACGUCUCCGCUGGAUUCAUGUCGAAGCCAGCCUUCAUCUUCCUAUAAGCAGAUGAACAGCGUGUAGCACUGCGCAUCUGCACAUGCAACAGGACAAGUGUAUAAUAUCAGGAACCGGAACCAGUUAC